AUGACAGCUGAAAAAGUGAACGAUUUCUUGAAAAGAAUCGACGAUUCAAUUGCUGAGGAUAAUUCUUUCGAGAAAAUUAAUUCAUUAUUUGAUGAGGUUUCGUUGUUGUUAAAAAAACUGGAGGUUGAAGACGAGUCAUCGUAUAUCGAAGCAAAGCAUCAAUAUCACACCAAAAGAUCGUCGUGCUUAAAAUUCUUCGGGAAAAUUGAAGAAGCCAAACAGGAAGAAACUUUAGCUGUUCGCUAUGGAUCAAAAUUAGUGAAGCCAAAUCCAACAAAUACUUCUAUACCUUCAUCAAAACAAGAAAACGAGGAUGAAUUGACAUUGCCCAUACUUUCGGACGCUAAAACAGUUGUUCAAGUGUGUUUCAAGGAUUUCCAAGAACAUAGAUUACUUUCCGAUCCAACUCUUCGACCAACAGUGAAUGAAUUAAAAACUUUGCUUAAUGAGUAUCUCAGUCAUAAUGAAAUUCAUUUAUUUGAGCAAUUCGAUUCCUUAGAACGAUUACAAUUACGAAUGAUUCGCGUGACAAAAUUAUUUCAAGACGAAAUUAUUCUCAAUAACAAAACAAAUGACAAUACAGAACAAUCAUUAACGAGUGAUGAAAUCAAUUCUGAGGAUCCGGUAACAGAAGUUUUAUUUCUUCUUGUAAGCCUUCAAAAAUCAAUUGAUAAUUGUUUAAAUGCAUAUCGAAGAAGCUUUUUUCGAUUCCUCUUAAUGCAUAAAGGAAGUUUACGCGAGAUUUUAUUUUCGAAUAUUCCGUUAACACAAGAACGAAUUCGUUCUCACGCGAGAAAAUUAUUGAAAAUCUUUCAUCCCGAUAAAACAACAAAUGAAACUGAGAAAAAUGAUUUUCGGGAAAUCUUCCACUGCAUCAUCAGUUGUAAAGACGAUUUAUUAAAUGAAUUAACACAAAAUGGGACAAUCUGUGACAAAGAACUGAUUCGAAGAUACACUGCUGAGGGACAAAAGUUAUGGGAAAUUGCUCGCGAUUAUAGUCGAGCAAGAAAUAACAAUUGGAAAGACUGUGUUCAUUUGAAAGAAGAUCAAUUGAAAAAUCGAACAGAAGCAGAACUAAGAAAACUUCAAAAAACAUACUCUUUAUUAGCAUAUGAACAGUAUCGUGCAGCUGCGUUAGCACUUGCGAUGAAAGGUUCGGCGGAAGAUCGGAGUGAAUUAAGACGCAUGAUGGCUAUUACACUCUAUACGAGUGAAGAGUAUUUACAAGCACAAAUGUAUACAAUUGCUGCUAUGCACAUUUUAUUAAAUGGAACUGGUAGUCCGGAAAUUACAUCGAAAAUAGUUGAUUUACAAAAACUAUUAGCAAGAAUUCAGAAUAUUCAUCGGCAGCCUACGACAACAUCAAAUACAAAAUUACCAUCUUCAACUCAAGCUGUUUCACUCACCAAUCAGCAAUUGUCAUCAGUUGCGUUGCGAGCGCAAGUCAGAAACGAACUAAGAUCUGUUGUACUUCAACAAUGUUUACUCCGAGGCGAAGAAAAACAAAUUGAAACAUCACAGGAAUUAAUCUUAGCUGCCAAAACCAAAGUCAUGCAAUACGAAGCUCUAACAGUUGCAAUGUGCGGAGCAACCACUCUUGCCGGUAUGGCUACGGGUGCUCAAUUCUAUCAAACCAUAUCAGCAGGAAUUUUGUUAGGCUCAACGGUUGGACCAGUUGGAGUGCUUCUUGGAAUUACUGGAGGACUAAUUAUCGUCGCUGGCGGCGCUCUAUUAACGAAAAAAUCGUUUGAUAUUGCUCGAAAUCUUUCAGAAGAACCAGCAAUACGUAAUAUACUUAAUGAACGAUUACCAAAAGCCAUGGAGUAUUGUACACAACAAAUGUAUAGCGAAUUUCUGCGUCUGUUAGCUUCACCAUACUGGGAGAAUUUAUAUUUGUUAAGAAUCGAAGUCCAUGGAGAUGCAGUAGAAAUUAAAAUUGAUCCUCAACAUAUUAUCAAAGAAUUAUUAAAACAUGAAUUUCGUCCGGAUGGAAUUGCUUAUCUAUUAAUUUUAAUUGGUGAAGCAUUACUCAAUAAACCAAAAUUACUCGCACCAGAAUCGAAAAAUGAAAACGCGAGUCUACGUCAACCAACACAAUCAACAUUUAACGAAUUAGCAUCGAAUUUAUUUCGAGAUGUUUUUCAGAAAAGUUCACAAUUACAAGACAAAGCCAAACAGUUAGAUGCUGAAGUACAGCAAAAGCAUUUAGGCAAUUUAACUUUAAAUAAAUUUCAAUAUUUCUGGCGUUCGGUGGUCUCAUCCAAAUAUUCUUCUUAUGUUUAUUCCAUUCCAGAAGAAUAUUUCAACGAUGCUUUAAAAACUCCAUUUAUAACUCGCCUGGAUGAAUUAGCCGAUAUCGCGCGUUUGAAUUACGCGAUUGUACAAAUCAUUAUCGGUGGAGUUGAUAAUCUAGAUGAGAGUCAAGAAACGAUUUUAGAAAUCAAACGAAAGAAGAUUGUGACAGAAAAUAAUCAAUUUUUCCAAGUAUCACAAUUGACAAUGCAAGCUAUCGAUGAUUUGAUAAUGGCAUUUGGUUUAACACCAAAACCAUUGGUUGAUCAGAAUCUUUUAGCAUUGGAAAAUAAAUUUCUGUAUGAAAAUAUUCAUAUGAUGAUGGAUGGAAAUGUCGCGAUCAAUUGCGAAAAUGUGAAAAGUGUGUCAAACGCAUCACAAGUAUUAGAAGCAUUUGGAGAAUUAUGUGAUAUGAAAAUCAUUUUAAGUCAAAGAGAAUUUACUGACAAAGUUCUCGAUUUGUAUACAAAAAGUGGUGAUGAAGCAUUAAGAACGAGUAUUGAACAUAUGAUGAUUAGCGAUGACAUUCCCAAUCAAGAUAUUAUCGAUUGGUUUGAGAAGUAUCCUGAUCGACAAGAAUGGGUUCUAUGUGAUAAACAUCUUCCGAUAUUGUCAUACUUAUUUAACACAGAAAUUCGUAUUUGUUCAAUUGAGAUCAAUUCAAUAUAUGGAAGAGUAUUUGUUGAACAAAGAAAUGUCAACACUAAUCAGCCAAUUCUUUCAUUUCAUUCGAGUAUUUUUGUCGUGUUGGACGACAAACAAAAAAUCAUAUGUUUAUUUAAAAUUUGCGAAUUAAAAUUGAAUUAUCUUUUUGAUCAAUUACGUUUAUCUCGAGAUAUGCCAUCCGAAAUCCGUAUAUAUCAUCAAAUUGCUCUUCAUUAUCGUUUGAAAGCGGAACAUUAUGAACAUAUUCAUCGGUUAAAAGCUUUACCAAUGUGGAACAAUGCUAAAGACAAUUAUUUGAAUAUAAUUCAAUUGGAUCCCAAUGAUUUAUUCGCGUCACUUGGCUACGGACGUUGUCUUAUUAUGCUCAGUAAAUGGAAGAAAGCAAUGGAAUUUCUACGUGAAACACUCAAAUUACAUGAAGAUUCGAAUGAAGCUUGGUUUUUAUUAGGUUUGGCAUAUCGAAAAUUACGAAUUUAUGAUGAAGCCAAAUACGCGAUUCAACAAUCACUGAGGAAGUUACCAGAUUAUAAAGACGCGGCUAGUGAAUUACGAAUCAUUCAAAGUUUACAAUCAGAGAAAAUUCAUGAUCGUCUUAAUGUUUAUGAUCGUAUGACAACCCGUGUUCAUCGUGAUGAAAAUUGUUCAGAUUUUAAUAUUUUAUCGAUUGAUGGAGGUGGAAUUCGAGGGUUGCUGCCCGCUAUUUGGCUGGCUGAAAUUGAACGUCGUACAAAUCGUUCAUCAGCAUCGAUGUUCCAUAUGAUGGCUGGAACAUCAACAGGGGCGAUCAUUGCAGCUGGUCUAUCUACUCCGAAUCGUGAUAAUGUUUGCACACCUCGUUAUAAAGCUGCUGAUAUUGUUAAACUUUAUGUAGAUCAUUCAAAUGAAGUUUUUCAGAAGCAAUCGGGAAGAUUGUAUCACGUGCGACGUUAUUUCUCCCAAGAAGCAAAAUAUGUUGACGAUGGUCGUCAGAAAUUAUUUGGACGGUAUUUUGAUCAUACACUUUUAUCACAAGUCUUAACUGAACUGGUUAUACCAGCAGUGAAAAAUGAUACGAAACUAACGCAUUUAUUUAACCGUUAUGAUUGUCGUUAUAAUCACGCACAAGAUUAUGAAUUACAGGAUAUUCUCAUGUGUACAUCAGCAGCACCAACUUAUUUCCCAUCGUAUAAAAUGGAUAAUUGUUCUUAUAUUGAUGGUGGUGUUCAAAUGAAUAAUCCAGCUAUGGGUGCAUAUGACGAAGCUAUACGAUAUGGUAAAUCGAAAGACAAAAUUUUUAUUCUGUCACUUGGUACCGGUGAUUAUGUACCAAAUCCAUUGCAUCCCAAUGCUAGUCGACAUUUAUUAUUUUAUGCGAUGCAUUCUCAACAAAUUUUAAAUAUUGUGUUCGAUGGACCACAAUAUAAUAUGGAUGUGCAUAUGUUAUCGGUUUUAAACAAAGAAAAAUACCAACGAUGGCAGUUGUGGUUUGAAGAACCGAUUGAAUUAGAUGCAAAAGACGAAUUAUCUAUUGAAGUAUUAUUUGAUAGUGCACGAGCAUAUUUUGAAGAAAUGGAAGAAUAUGACAAUGAUAAACGUUUAGGUCUUCUACUAGAUCGAUUAAAAGGCGAUGCACAUUAA